UUUCAUCUCUUAAGCCACGAGUUAAUGAAUUUGAUUGAAAAAAUUGAACACUAUAUGAAACAAUAAAAAAUGAAAUCUGUCUAUGCUUGUGCUUUGUUUUGCUUGGUCGCUGGAACAGUUUUAGCUGAUAAAAAGCAAGAUGCCAUGAACAAUCUCGCUGAUCAGAUGUUGGGUGGUCUCCUCAAAUCGGAACUUUUAAAUCCAAUGAAACUUCACAAAGAUUAUGAACAAGAUAUUACUGAAAAUAUCGGAAUAAUCCCAAUCAGUGGUCAUCUUAAAAUUUCCAAAGGUGUUAUUCAAGGUUUUGAUACGUUAAAACGAAUGGGCAAUUGUAAGAUCGAAAGCAAAGAUGGAUCUAUCAAUGUCAACAUCGAAUUGGUCACUACUAAAGAAGUAGUAUUAGAUGCUGAUAUUUCUGGCCAUAUAGCUUCGUUCCCGUCGAUUCCGGCAAUUCCAAUUGUCGCACAUAUCGAAAGCAUGAACUUUGAUAUUGGUUUAAAAGUUGGCACAAAUAUCACUCUCGACUCGUUUUAUAUCAAUGAAAUCUCUAAAAUUCAUCUCCGAUUGAAAGAUGCAGAACACAUCAAAUUCAUUGAGGAUAUCAUCGACAUUAUUACCAGUGGAGUUGUUAAAUUGUUCAAUGCACAGAUUAUCGAUGCUGUCGAUGAAACAGUUCGUCCAAUUUUAGAGAAUGAAUUGAAAUACAUUCAUCUUUAAACUAAUGAUUUCACGAAUAUUUUUUACACUAAUUCUAAUAAAUCAAAUCACAAUAAAAUUUUGAGUUAAUUUAAAGUUUA